AUGCUUAUCAAUAAAACUUUUGCAUUUUUCUUUGUACUGUUUACAGCUCAAUGUUUGUGUGCAGAAAGCCCAGUGAACGGCACGUGUUCGGGCGCGUUUUGGAAGUACAACGAGUUCUGUGAUUGUUGUCUUAAGUUAGUUGACGGGACAACGUAUGAUGUCGCAAAAGCCGAUUGCGUGGCGAGCGGCGGGAAAUCGCUGACGAUCAUCGAUGACCAGGAAAAUGAAGAAUAUUUCAAGUUCGCGAAUCAAUCCGGUGUCCCGAAUCCGUGGAUUGGGUUGAAAAUGAGAAACGAGCUUUGUGAUUCCUUUUUUGUUGUUUGCUACCAAUGGCAGUGGUCGGAUGGGAAUCGAGUGUACAAAUACGCAAACUGGGGACCCGCUCAGCCGGAUAAUCAAACCGGCGACGAAUUUUGUGUUCAUUUCGAUCACUCGCCGAAAUGGAAUGAUUUUCGAUGCGACACGUUUGGGUAUCUGAUCUGCAGAAAGGAGGCCGACGAACGAACA